AUGACAAUAGUACUUCGUAGUUUAAAUGUACUUACUUACGCUGGUGUUUGGAAACCCGUUGAAUGGAAAGGUCUCAAAGGACGAGUUUACGAUUCGUACACGAUUAUAAUAAUAAUAUCUCACUUAACAUUUUUAAUAUCUGGACUAAUGGACAUGGGGUUUGAUGAUUUUGAAUUUGCUGCGAUGGUUGAUCACUUAUCGCUAAUAGUGGGCUACGUUCAAAAUUUCCCGAAAAUAACGAGCAUCGUUGGAUAUCGACGAGACCUUAUUGAUAUUAUUGAUAAACUCAAUAGUUAUCCACUUAAAUUGAGGAAUGAUGAGGAAAAACUAAUUCAUGCUAAAUAUGAUCGACUUGACAGAAUUAUCACUUUUUGGUUUCCAACAUUAGGAAUGACCUCUAUCGCAUGGUAUACAAUGAGACAUUUCGUUGCUAUAGAUACGGCCUAUGGAUUACCUUACAGAGGAUACUUUCCGUAUAAUUAUUCAUCAAAUCCUAUUGUUUAUUGGUGCACUGCUGUUCAACAAAUGUACUCCGUAAUAUGUCUUGCUGUUGUCAAUGCAGGUUUUAAUGUGUUUUUACCAACAAUGAUGUUUCAAGUUUGUGCAAAACUUAGUGUACUUCAACAUCGCUUUAAAUUACUUAUACAAAAAUUAGGAACUAUAUCAACUCAUGAAAAAAAUAACCAUCAACUUCGAUUAUCGAAAAUCGAACAACAAUUGAUACGUGAUUGGUUCGAAUAUCUCAAUAAUGAGAUAUUUAAUACCAAUUGGUAUACUGUACGGACUACAACAAUCAAAUCAAUGUUAAUAAUAAUGUUCAAAACAUCAAGGCCCGUUGUUUUUGUUACUGGGCAUUUCGUUAAUUUAUCGCUGGAUUCAUUCAAGAGUAUAAUGAAACUAUCGUAUACUAUUUUUAAUGUACUCGAAUAA